AGGGGCAGCGGGGCAUGACGCUGCUUCACAGAGCCUGGAGGGACCUCCUGAGACAGACCAAAAUCGCAUCUGGCCAGCUCCAAGGCAGAAGCUGAGCAGCACGGGAGAAACCUGGCCUCAAGGUCGAGCUGGGUCUGCGAUAGGAUGAGAGAUAAGUUUGAAGUGGGACCCUGGCCACACAGCCGCAGGCGCCACUGGGCUAGUAGGCUAGUGAUGCAUGAAGACAUGGACAGCAAAAGACCUUAAAAAGGGGGAGUGUAAUGUCAGAAAGGGGACCUACACAAAAAUGAGCAGCUCUUCACUAAGUAGAAACAGGAGUGGGCCAGGUCAUCACGCUCUUCAAUAUAAGUUUGGGGAUAUCAUCUGAGAGAAAAUUUACAGCCAAUUUAUAAGUCAGGUGGCUCAGGAAGAAAGUUUGAAGGCUGACGUUAUCUUGUUGUUCAGUAGACUCUCAUAGGUAUGAACACGAGCCUCAAAAUGGAACGAAGAGAGCUUGAACUAAAUUCACCACAGGAAAGUCCAAGUCUUCGCCAUAUCACACGAAAGGAAGUUCUUCUAAAAAUGUUUGCUCGACUUCCAGAAGCAGAUCAGAAACUCUUAGAACAUGGAUCAUACUUCAUUGGAAUAAACGGAGGCUUUUGUGGUUUAAUAGCGAACAGUUUUUUCAGACGUAUCCUAAAUGUCACAGAGGCUCGAUUUGCUUCUAGUUUGCCAAUGGCUGUACUUCCAUUCCUCACAACAGCAGCAGUUUACCAUGCUGCUGUAACAGUACCUUUACUUUCAGGUGAUCUAACAUGUGCAACCUGUGCCAUGGUCAGAGGAGGAUUAAUUGGAUCUGUUAUAGGUGGUCUAUAUCCUAUUUUCUUGGCCAUUCCUAUAAAUGCAGGACUUGCAGCCAGGUACAGCUCUGCUCCCUUGCCUGGAAAAGAGAAUAUGUUACACUUCUGGAUUAAAGUUUCUAAACCAGUCUUUAAGAAGAUGAGUUAUGCUAUACUUCUGCAGGCUGCAUUUGGAAUUUACCUCAGCUCAAGGGAGUAUGGAAUAUUUAUGAAAAUGCUCCAGUUGACUGAACCAAACAGCAAUCCUGAAGAACUCAAAGAUUAAAACUGAAAAAAUAUCACCUCUUCCCCUGAUUGGGGGGGUUACCACAAUAAACCGUGAAACUAGAAAAGAAAGUGGUUUGUGGGAUUUGUUUUAAUACACAACAUAUUGUCUAUUUUAUUAAAUUAGAAACUGAACCAGA